GGCUAGCUCUCCACAAGUUGUUGAGAUAAAAAGAUGUUAAAUUUGUGUUGUCGUGAAGUGUAUCAACAGCAAUGGUGAUCAGAGCACCCUGUGGACACCAGCAAACGACUGUGGAACGAGUGGAGCAAAAGGAUGACGUUAAAGUUGUUAACCACUGCAGUUGCUAUAUUAAUGACAGCAACAACGGAAGUCGCCUGCCAGAAGAGUGACGUCAACAACCUGAGGAAACUCCUGGAAGACCAUUUUAGCACCAACCGUCAUCACGUGACCAACCCGGCUGGGAAGACAGCUGCGGCCAAGUUUGUGAGCGACACUUUCCGCAGCUAUGGACUGAUAACCUGGGAGUGGAACUUUCAGGGAGAGAACAAGUACACAGGCACAAACAUCUUCGCCAUGUGGCCGGGAAGGAACACAGGCACGGGACUGGACAGGCCCAUCUGUCUAACGGCUGACCUGGACACGGAUAAGAACAGGCCUGGACGAGACGACAACGGGUCAGGCAUGGCCGCGGUGCUGGAGGCAGCUCGACUCAUCACAUCAGAAACCUGCAUACAAGACAACACCAUCUUCUUUGCCAUAUUCGACUUUGCACAUAGAUCUGGUGGGAAAGAUGGAGCAUGCGCAGAAGGGUCCUGUGGAAGCAAAGAAUUCAACAACUACGUCAUCCAACCAUACAUUGAACACCAGAAAAUAGAUCCCACCCAGUGGUCCGGUGUCAUCACACUGGACUGCAUACUGAACUAUAACAGCUCGGCCAUGUCUCAGGAAAUCCCGGGUGAAGAAUUAUUCAAAGUGACUCCAGGCCUGAAAAGCUUUUACGAUGGCAUCAAAGCAAACGGCCAAAGGGGAGAUUUCAUGAGCGUCCUCUACCGGACAAACAGCGACUCUUCUCUUCAUUCAAAGUUCGACAAACAGUGGGCCGCGGAGGGCAACCCUCAGUACAGAAUGCUGUCUGCAGACAUACCCUACAAGAACGUCACAGACAUCAUCGACGCCAAAGAAGGCCCCUACUGGCAAAUCUACGAAGAGCUCGUCAAUCACGACAUUUACAGCUUUUGGGAGGAAAAUGAAGACAUCCCGGCCAUCUUGGUGUCGGAUACAGGAGACACACGUGGGAGGGAGAAACCCUGGAGUGAGUGUAGACCUGAAGACAACAUGGAGUUGACCCCAGAUCGGCUGCAGUUCCUGAAGAAAACCACAGAUGUCGUGACAGAGGUGAUCCGGGACAUGUCAGGGACGCGACAGCAAUGCAGAGGUUUAUGCUCAUAUAGUAGUAGUCUAAAAAAUUACACGCGCGCUCUUCUUCUUUUCCCCAUUCCCACGUGUGUGUGUGUGUGUGCGCGCUGUGUGUGUGUGUUUUAUGCAGGAAGUACAGGAAAAUUCAAUGAAGCGUUACAUCUAACGCUACUUUCUGGUACGAAUGCAAAACGUUUAUCAAAACUUGAUGAUGAAUUACAAUACACGACAAAUCUUGAAAAAGAGAAAUCUGUUUUCCUCAACCCAUUCAUCUGUUCUGUAGAUCCAGCACCAGAAGCACCUUCUGGCUUUAAUUCCGGUCUCAGUCUAUCCGGAGAACUGACCCUGGGGCCGGCCGACACAAAAACCUUCACACUAAAGGUGUCGUCAUUCACGUCCUCUGGUCUCGUUACGGCAACCUUGUCAAACUCAAGUUGGACUCUGGACUUCGAAGGUCGUUAUGACGGUGACACACAUCUGCUGAUGCUGCGCCCGAAGCCAGUAGUAGACGACAUAACGUUUAAACCACUGGUUUGUGGCAUGACUGGAAACCUGGAGGAGCUGUCUGACGGUGUACUGUACAGCGGCAGGCUGGAGGGAGGGUGUGGUCUUACUGCGGAGGAAAAUGCUUAUGUUACCUUUGUGCUGUAUAGUGGAGGUUUGUGUUAUUUUCUUGACAUCAAAACAAGGCCAAUGUAUAUGGACUCUUGAAAUGAGGUUGCAUGUAUUAUGGUCUAAAUGGCCGCG